AUGUUCGUAACUUUGAUCACACUGGAACGAUUCUUAGUCAUCAAAUACCCGUUCGGUGAAUAUCGUUUUUCGACUCUUGCCGCUUACUUGUCGUGUCUUGGAGCCUGGUGCAUCAGCAUUCUUAUCGCCGCUGUGCCUUUCUUCCCGGGCCACGAGGAUUGGGCUCUGUUCUCAGCCAGCAGCCUCUGUCUCGCGGUUCCUCUGGACAAUGCUCAACACCCCGGCCACAUCUUCUCCUCGGUGGUAUACAUGGGCAUCAACUUUGUCAUGUUUGUGCUGCUAGCCGGUGGGCAGUGGGCUGUCUACAGGGCGAUGUCGGCAAACUCUCGUACCAAAUUCGUCGGCAAAUGUGCUAGAAAAGCUCGCCGUCAAGAGAUUGCAGUGGCGAGACGGUUGUCCGUGAUUGUUAUAAGCAACUUCCUGUCUUUUUGCCCCAUUGCAGUUUUGGGCUUACUGCGGCUACUGAAGGGUGUGGAGGACAUGCAGCGAGCCUACGUGUGGACGGCUGUCCUUAUACUGCCCAUCAACUCAGCCCUCAACCCCCUCCUGUAUACACUGCCAAGCAUAAAGAACAAAUGG